ACAGUAGGCCUCGUCUAUACAGUACCUCAGCGCGUCGUUUACAGAUAUCGCGAGAGCGACAGUUGGGGUUAGCAGCAGGCUGAGGAAGAGACGGGAGAGAAGGUAAGCGGAGGAGGCUGCAUCAUGGCGGACAGAGACAGCGGUAGCGAGCACGGAGGUUUCGCCACAGGCCCCGGCGGUGGCCCGAUGCACCAAGAGGCGAUGGGCGCCUCAUCGCGGCUCCAGCACGACACGGAAGAGCUGGCGUCCAAGCGCGUUGACAUCCAGAACAAACGCUUCUACCUGGAUGUGAAACAGAACGCCAAAGGCCGCUUUCUGAAGAUCGCCGAGGUCGGGGCUGCGGGAAACAAGAGUCGCCUGACCCUGUCUAUGUCAGUAGCCGUGGAGUUCCGAGAUUACUUGGGUGACUUCAUCGAGCACUACGCACAGUUGGGCCCCAGCCACCCGGACACGGUCCAGGACGAGCCGCGGCGAGCGCUCAAAAGCGAGUUUCUGGUGCGGGAAAAUCGAAAGUACUACAUGGAUCUGAAGGAGAACCAGAGGGGGCGGUUUCUGAGGAUCCGACAGACCGUGAAUCGGGGCCCCGGCUUGGGCACGGCGCAAGGCCAAACCAUCGCUCUCCCGGCGCAGGGGCUCAUCGAGUUCCGCGACGCUUUGGCAAAGCUCAUUGAUGACUAUGGCGUGGACGAGGAGCCGGCGGAACUGCCCGAGGGCACGUCGCUCACCGUGGACAACAAACGCUUCUUCUUUGACGUGGGCUCAAACAAGUAUGGCGUGUUUAUGCGGGUCAGCGAAGUGAAGCCGACAUACCGCAAUUCCAUCACGGUGCCGUGCAAAGUGUGGUCCAAGUUCGGUGCCACGUUCUGCAAAUACGCGGAUGAAAUGAAGAAGAUCCAGGACAGGAACAGGGAGAGGAGGGCGCGCGAGCUCUUACCGGAGGCCCUGCACGGUGAUGACGGGGAUGAGGAUUAAUGGACGUGACGCUUAACGGCGAGUAAGGAAUAAAAAGAUGAGACGACUACAGACCAUGUAGACAAAAGUUACUGUAAAAGAAAAGGAGCGAUGGGAGAUUUCAAGUGGAUCGUCAUUCACAAAACACAUAGAUUUACAGUUGCAUCACUUCGUUCAUCCACCGGUUAUUAUCCAAUUACUCAACCAUAUAACAGUAAGCCGCUGCUAUCAAUAACACGAUCCACUAACUGUGUCCCAGACGGUCAGAAUGUCAUAAGUCGGAGUGUGUCUAUUUACCCAUGCGUUUUUGUACACGUCUAAACUAUUAAACAGUACUGUUCCAAAGUGCAAAUUGAAAAGAAAAAAGGAAAACAGAAAUGACAUUCUAGCUUAAAGCUACUGUAUUUGGGAAUAUGUGAACCAAAUUUUUAAUAUGAUAAAAAGGAAAUCUCCGUUUGAAGGUACGUUUAAGAUGAAGUGCUGUAGGUGUUGUGAGCUCUGCGCACAGUCCAUCUGCUGAAAGGAUGUCCAUCCCGACCAACCCGAGGCAUGUGAGGAACUCGUGCAAUUGUAAUCAUAUGCCAUUAUAAAAGCAUAAAGACCAAAGGAGAUCGUAUUAGCUCGUCAUGCAACAUUUGUUCUGUACUCCAGGUUUAGAAAGGAGAGUAACAACGCAGUGAAGUCGGGGGUCGGAGAGACUAUUAUGCUAUUAUGACCGAUAAACGUUUAUUUCUAUUAAAUACAUCAACCCUGUUGCACCAUGCACAGCAAAAUCCACAAUGUUGAAGCCACAGUGCUCAUUUCAUUCCUCUGAAUCCAAAUGAGCAUGGUGUCAAUUCAACGCUGGGGAUUCUGCUGUGGGCCCACUGCCGUUUGGGCACGUUUCAUUAAAGUGCUAACUUAGAAAUACAAAUUUAUGAUUUUGUGAAUCAGAUGUAUUUAGAUUCUUAUUAAAAAAAAUACCCACGUUUUCUGUGGGAUUUUCUUUCUUUUUUUCUGUUGUGGGGGUGGGGGUGGGGGGUGUACUAAAAAAAAAAAAAAGGAGCUGAUCUACUAGUGUGAGCAUGCGCAGAUGUGUGGUGCCCCUGUACGGUGCGGCCACUACAACGUCCAAAACCAACCUGGUGCCUUAAUGCUUGCCACACGUUUACAUGCUUUAUGUGUCAUGUGCUUUUGAUCGCUGUUUGUCUUGCUUCUCACAACUUCCCUGUUGCUGUGCCACUUGUGGUGCUUCUAAAAGACUUAUUUGAACAAGCCAAACUCUACAGAGGCUCACGGGUUUCUCUCCUCUCUGCGUUCACCUAGGAACACAGAUGAUGAUGAUGAUUAUGAUGAAGUGUGUUGAUGUAAACAUGGGUUAAGUCACACUGAGGCUGUAGAGGUUUGCUCCUUGUGCUCCUGAUUUAAAAAGUUAGUGAAAAAAAGCCAUUAGGGAGACACCUUGUUGUCUAUGGCUCCAGCCCUGUGUUUUGCUCUUUGGGAUCAUGGAGGUAGGCCUGUAUAUGUUUGUAUGGUGCUAAUAAACCCCACUCGCCCGUUUACCUGUUUUGUCAGUCUUGCAACUCUGACAUUCAAUUAAAUUUUGUCAGCCGCACACCACCUGUUCUGCUAACAAAGUCUAGUGCUAGCGUUUCAGCCAGGGUUGCCAUAAAUAGGGAUAUAUUGUUAGAUCCAACAGACAUGAGUAGACAAGGGGCCUAGGAAACAAAAGUGACCCAGGAAAACAAACUCUUCAUAUCUGGGGGUCUAGUGCAUGAACCUGUCCAAGAGCUUGUACUGGCACCCCUGGGUGAAGCAUCUUGUGCAAUAUUGUAGGUUAUAUGCCAAUACCUGCAUUCUCUCUGUGCGAUGUGGAUACAGCAUUGUGUCUUACCUAAAUAUGUGUGAACACAUGAGAAUUCUUUUAUGUUAUUGCUAAAUUUGUGACUGUUCUGACUGUUCCAUGCUGCUUAGUUGAAGGGUGGCUCUCUGUUGACCAUAUGCAGAACAUGAGCUUUUUUUUUUGCCGGUUGCUUAGCAGCCACGUCCCCAUGACGCAUGUGACGUUAAAGGCUGUCAAUGUCAUGUUAAACAGCUUAGUUUGGAGCUUCUCAAGCAGUUGAGAAUUGUUAGGUUGCUCAAUUUCUCUCUUUUAAUGGCACAAUGCUUCCUGUAUGAAGUCUUAAAUAUUUAUUUGAGAAAAAAAUCUAUUUGAAUAUUUUAUUAUAAAAAAAGAAAAGAAAUCUCGUAAAAUAUGACAUUAGUGCUGUUCAGCAACGUGGCAAGAUAAGUGUUCUUUUGUUAGAGCUAGAAGAUUGUGCUAAGAUUUGACAGCUGGUGUUUAUUCAAUACCUGGGAGAAAGAGAAAUGCAGUCAGGCAGUGAGUCUGAACACCACAAGGACCUGCUGACUCAGUGGGGUUUUCCAUUGGAGGACUCCCCUUUAUUAGGUCUGUACAAUCUUACAGACAACAUGGCUGCAUAUUUUCCUUUCCAGCCAAGCAGGAGCAGCAACUGAAGGCUUCAAUAAAUUGAUUUAACUUUGUGGCUCCUGAUUGGUUGGACCGUUACCCACACCUGAUGUCUGGGGAUAAGAUUAGACACCUCUGUCCUAGGUGGUAUCCUCAACCUGCUAAUGAUGUGAGCACAAAAGAGCACUUUGCCCUCCCUUCUCAGCCUGGUUAUGUUUGGUGUAGAUUAUGCACUCCUCAAGAUGUGAGCUUUGUUGCUACACUUCUCACUUCUAAUGCAGAAGCUAUUUAAAUUUCUGUGUAUAGACUUUCUCUAUUUUCUGGACUUUCCAUCUCCCUUUUGGGCGGUCAAGCUAAUUUUUUCCUAUCACUGCCCUGAUGUGAUUACCAAACUCUUCGAUGUGUGCCACAAAUGCAGUGACAUGAUCAGUUUGAUUAAGCUUCUUGUUUUUACACAAGACACUAACGCAACUCAAAACUGGAAAUAAAAUCAAGACCUUUUUGCCCAAAAGGGUGUUUUCCUUGAACAGAUCAUUGCAAUCCUAAACAAAUCACAAAUAUACAGAUUGUUUUGCACUCAAAAGAUGUAUCUCUCAAUCAAAUGCACAUGUUUGUGUAUGAGGCUAAUUUGUUGGGGGAAAAGGAACUAUAGUCUAUAUUCUAAAGGUGCUAAUAAGUACUAAAUGCCUCUGUGAUUUCACUUUCUGCCUGAAAAACUGGCAGCGUUCCACUAAGAGUGUUCGACGUCACUCAAUCCACACCAGCAAAGUUCUAGCUUUGCUUCCAAUCAACAGAGCGCUAUUUACUAAAAGGUGUACACGCACUGUGGUAAAUAUAGAUAAAGAGCAAAACACACACAUGUAGUACUCUUGGUUCAUAUACAGGAAUGAAUCCUGAACGGUGCUCCAUCUGUGAGGUGGGGAACCUGAGUUAAGCUCAACAUAUUUCCUGUUAGUGGUGCUUCUUAUAUUGUCGUCUUUACUUAACUGUUAGAGUGUGUGUUUCUUACCAUCUUUGCUUUAUCGCUGUGUGUUGAAUUUAAAGCUCUGAUAUAUCUGCAGGUACAUGAUAGAAUAAAGCAGACUUAACAUUAUAUAACCUAGAAAGAGACGAGUAGGAUGCCCUGUGUGUGUGUGUGUGUGUGUGUGUGUGUGUGUGUGUGUGUGUGUGUGUGUGUGUGUGUGUGUGUGCAUGUGCAUGUGUGUGUGCAUGUGUGUGUGUUCCUGUGUGUGCAUUGCUGCUAGUUUUCAGUUCACUUUCCUGAAAUCAGCAUCAGAUGCAGUUCUCAUGUUAAGGUCCUGAUGUGUCACAAGCUUAAGGCCUUGACCAGACUUGCUAAACAUAUACACAUUUGCAUAUUUCUGUCUUUCUACAUACAAAGAGAUUGUAUAGGUUUUGGGUUGAAGAUUAUUUGGACAAUAGGGAUUGGGUUUAGUGUGAGAGGAAUCAAGAGGAAAUAAAAAGGAAGAUCCAUACAUAUCCCAUGCUCCAUCCCUGUUUUAUUCUCUAUGAAAUGUGUUGUACUGAAAAGAUUAAAUAUAUGACAUGUAACGUGUGUGUGUGUGUGUGUGUGUGUGUGUGUGUGUGUGUGUGUGUGUGUGUGUGUGUGUGUGUAUAUAUAGGAAAAGCAUAUUGCUGUUUUAUUUCCUUUCUAUUUUAUACCUACAGAAAGCAUUGAAUCAAAUGGAUAAUACUUGCACUUUAAAUAUAUUAAGAAAAAUGAUAAGUCUGCAUAAUAUUUUUGAUAGGUGAGCUCACAUUCAAAAUGGUAUAACGUUACUUACUUUCCAGGCUUUGUGACAAUUGCUGUUGGCCAGAUAUGUAUGUUCUUCUACUUAUCGGAGUAUUUUUUGUCUGUGUUACAGAAGGUUUACUAAAGUCAGUUGCAUGAUGAAGUAGUAGUGCACCAACUGUUCUUUUAUUUAGUUGGUUAAAAUGUCUGACGAUGAAAAAAAAAAAAAACUGUGACAAUUCCGCUCAUGUAUGUAUCCAUGUUAAACUACAGCCUACCAUUUUAGGAUACGACUUAUUUUCUGCCUUCCUUCUAACACAAAUAUGGUGCUUACAUUGGCUCAGAAGAAGUACCUCUCACUCUUCAUCAUCCACCUCCAUCUUAUGUAUCCUGCACACAUCGCCUUGCUGUUUGUGUAUUCUCACAAGUUUUUGAAUUUCUGUUAUUGGUAUCCAGUGUGUUUUUGUACAGGUACGUACCUUGUUUCUGAGUUGGAAAGCCUGUUUUUUUGUCUGAAAAUGACUAAUUGCAAUAAAACCUCCAUUCCCCCA